AUGAACAGAUACAAGACCAUCAAGCCGCUUGGAGAUGGCACGUACGGUUCCGUCGUCAAGGCAGUCAACCGUGCCUCUGGCGAGGUGGUCGCCAUCAAGCGAAUGAAGAAGAAGUUCUACUCCUGGGAGGAGUGUAUGCAGCUGCGAGAGGUGCAGUCGCUGCGCAAGAUGUCCCACCCCAACAUCGUCAAGCUGAAAGAGGUGAUCCGCGAGAACGAUAUCCUCUACUUUGUGUUUGAGUUCCUUGACAUGAACCUCUAUCAGCUGUGCAAGGACCGCGAGAAGCUCAUGUCUGAGUCCAAGGUGCGCAACAUGACGUACCAGAUGUUGCAGGCGCUCGCGUACAUGCACAAGCACGGUUUCUUCCAUCGCGACAUCAAGCCCGAGAACAUGCUGGUGUCGGGCAACACGCUUAAGAUGGCCGACUUUGGCCUCGCGCGCGAGAUCCGGUCCAAGCCGCCCUACACUGACUACGUCUCUACCCGCUGGUACCGGGCUCCCGAGGUGCUGCUGCGAGCGCCUCAGUACACGGCGCCGAUCGACGUGUGGGCCAUCGGGACCAUCAUGGCCGAGAUGUUUACGCUGCGGCCGUUGUUUCCGGGAACCUCUGAAGCGGAUGAGAUCUACAAGAUCUGCUCGGUUCUCGGCACACCGACUGCGAACUCUUGGAAGCAAGGCCUCGCGCUCGCGCACAGCAUGAACUUCAAAUUCCCGCAGUUUGUGUCGACGCCGCUGUCCCAGCUCGUGCCAUCCGCGUCAGCGGAAGCUAUCGAUUUGAUGACGGAGAUGAUGCGUUGGGACCCGGCGAAGCGCCCGACGGCUGCCCAGGCGCUCGGCCACCCCUUUUUCCUCGCCGGACAGCAACCCGACUGCACGAUCCGGUCAAAGAGCUCGCCGCCGCCCCACUUCUGCUGCCGAGAGAGCUGA